CUACCCGGAAGUAGUUGUGCCAGCGCAGGUGGCGUACAUCCUGAUUAUUUGACAACACUCGCCGUUUUCUCUUUUAGAAAACAAACAUGUAAUAGCCAUAUAUCCACACAGGGAACGUGUCCGUUUAAGAGCUGCACGGUGCCACUGCAGACUAAUGGUUGCUGACAAUAAAGUCAACGGAAAGGAGAAGUGACGGCUAAUUUGCUAAUGGACGAUUUAUGGUGCGUGUUCGCGGGGCCGUCGCUUUGCUCCUAGCUUCAUCGGUGGAGCAGAGUGCGGACAUGUAGCUGAAGGUGCCGCUUUCCGUGACAUAGCUUUGACUUUUCCAUGCGUAAUAGCGUGUUCGGGGCUCCGAGAGGGAACUGAGGUCGCACGCCCCGCGUUGUUUGUUUUUCUACUUUGGGACAUUCGCAGGGAUUCGGCCUGACUUAGUUUGCUAACAGGCAGCGAACGCCACGAUGAGUUUCUUCAGCUUCGGGCAAAGCGCGGAGAUCGACGUGGUUCUGAACGAUGCCGAGACGAGGAAGAAAGUUGAGCACAAGAGCGAAGACGGAAAGAAGGACAAGUACUUUCUGUUCUAUGAUGGAGAAACUGUGAGUGGGAAGGUGAACGUCACACUGAAGAACCCCGGGAAGAGGCUGGAGCACCAAGGCAUCAAGAUUGAGUUCGUGGGUCAAAUAGAGCUGUAUUAUGACAGAGGAAACCACCACGAGUUUGUCUCCUUGGUAAAGGAUCUUGCAAGGCCGGGUGAAAUAACGCAGUCACAGACUUUCGACUUUGAGUUCACUCAUGUUGAGAAGCCUUACGAGUCCUACACAGGCCAGAAUGUCAAGUUGAGGUACUUUCUUCGAGCUACUGUGAUCAGAAGACUCAAUGACGUUGUUAAAGAGAUGGACAUAGUGGUUCACACGCUAAGCACUUACCCUGAGCUCAAUUCCUCCAUCAAAAUGGAAGUUGGAAUAGAGGAUUGUCUCCACAUUGAAUUUGAGUACAACAAAUCCAAGUACCAUCUGAAGGAUGUAAUUGUGGGAAAAAUCUACUUCCUGUUGGUGAGAAUUAAGAUUAAACACAUGGAAAUUGACAUAAUCAAACGUGAGACAACAGGAACUGGCCCCAGUGUAUAUCAUGAAAAUGACACUAUCGCCAAAUAUGAGAUCAUGGACGGUGCUCCAGUCAGAGGAGAAUCCAUUCCCAUCCGGUUGUUCCUGGCUGGAUAUGAUCUGACUCCCACUAUGCGAGACAUUAACAAGAAGUUCUCAGUUCGAUAUUACCUGAACCUCGUGCUGAUCGAUGAAGAGGAGAGACGUUACUUCAAACAGCAGGAGAUCACAUUGUGGAGGAAAGGCGACGUGGUGAGGAAGAGCAUGUCCCACCAGGCCGCCAUCGCCUCCCAGAGGUUUGAGGGCUCAGCUGCUUCAGAAAGUGCUCUGGAGCAGGCGGCAAAGGAGGAGAGCGGGUAGAGGUGCUGCCCUCCAGUCUCCAUGACUCAGUGGUGGAGACACCUGUCAACUGUGCAACAGUACGACAUCUGGUCAAGCAGCUGUUCUAUUGUUAGCCGCUGCAGGUAAAAGGUGGAAGAAGGGAGACACAUACAGUAAUACAGUAUGUGAACAAUGAAACAGUUUGCAUGAGGCAUUCAGAGUCACUUCAGGCUGCUGGUCUUGACCUUAUUCGUUAAUGUUUUUUUUCUUCAUGUAAACCCGACUAAUCAACUGUUGCUGUUUCCACUGUGUAAAAUCUUUCAUGUGAAUUUUAGACUCUUUGUUACACUCUAACAACUCUUGGGGAUAAGUUAAUUUCUUUAACGACUGCAGAUGAAUAGUCUUGAACGUUCAUAAAUGUGUAUGUCCAACAUUCCAUGUUUAAUUAACGCAUUCCUGACAUUGCUAUGGUCAAGAAGUUCAAGAUAACUUUGCACUGCUAGAGAGUUUUCACUUUGUGUUUGUUUGCACAGAAUAAUGGUGAAAGUGGAAACUGGAAUCUUUUCUCCUUGAUCUUUUAAAGUAUUAUCAAACACAUUUAUGUAUAUAAGACCAGCUAAACCGUUUCCUGUCCCCUGUUCCUGCUUGUUUACUUUGAUUAUACUGUACACAGUGCCACAGAAUGACCUUUCAUGUUCAAAUGCUUUACCUCAGCAUUCUAGUGGUGUUAGGAAAGGGUGUCAAAGUGUUUGUAUUAAGGUCUGAAAGUCUUCUGUGUCAUCUUUAUUAGAGACUUGAAGUUGUGCCUAAGUGUAUCAAGCAAAUGAAUUCCUCCUGCCUCUUAUAUAAUUUUAGUCUUUUAACCAGAGAGAAGUUACACUAGAACUAUCUAUCUUUUGCAGAAUGCUAAUCAAUUGCUCCUUGUCCCCAGAAGUCAAAUAAAGUGAUGCCAAAUGGAAAAGUA